AUGACAUUCAUAAAACUAGAGGAGUUACGUGCCAGACAAAGGCUCAACUACGACAGCUUUGUUAUCAAACACCAUUUGGAUAAAUUAUUAAGACCAAUUGAAGAAUACAAUAAAAAUUUUGCGAUCCCUAACUCCUCCAUCAAAGAACGUAUUGGAGUAACUGAUGAAUUGGUUGAGAAAUUACGAGAGUUACGAGCACUGCAGGUUUGCACUGACAACUCCACUAUACCACACCUGCUACAACACGAGUUUCCCAUUAAGUUAAGCACAGUUAUAUGCAAUGACAAACAUUUGUUUGAGCUAACUACAUAUUUUAUAAACACAUUGGUUGCAUAUAUCAGAACCAAUGAUUGUCACGAAUAUUUGUCAACUAUUGCCAAGGUUUUGAGCAAUCACUUGAAAACGUUUACUACACAUAGUUCCUUGGCUCCAUACCAACUAUCCUAUAUCAACAGAUUAGUGAGUGAAGUGUUGAAAAUAUGUGAAUCCCAUACCGAAAUCUUGACCGAUUGGUUAAGUGAAGUCACUUUCUCAACAACUACAGCUAGCGGAGUAUGUCGUCACGGAGUGAGCUUACUCCCAAUUCAACAAAUCAUUGAAAACUUCCUCACUAAUGAACUAGAAACAUUUAAAACUGCAAAUUGGGAAAACUUUAUAAAGUUGAGUCAAAACUCACCUGAAUUGAGUGACUAUUUAUGUUCCCAACAAAUUUCCGUUUUUGAUGAGAUGAUCAAAUUGUAUUUCUUCCCAUCUCAAGAGUACCAGUUGUUGCAUAUAUCCGUACUUGAGCCAGUAUUGAGCGCAGUGAUUACAAUAAUGGAGAACUCAAGUACUCCUGUAGGUAGUCAUUACUUUGGAAAAUUCGUCACCAUGUUUAGAAAACACUUGAACUUGCGUGGGUCUCACACCGAUGAUUCGGUAGUGUUCAUUUUGCAUACGUUAUUGAAUUUAGGCGCAACAACAACGUUGAAUCGAUUAGUUGAUGAUUUUCACUUCCAGUUGUAUUUGAAUGAUAAACUUCAAGACCAUCAAAGCUUGGAAACGUUUCUCUAUGUUUUGUCAAAAAUAUUGUAUAAACAAGACCAAGGAUUUUUGAAAUUACUGAGUACCAAGAACCGAACCCAGAUGUUGAUUCACAAUUCCAACUUUAUGCACUACUUGCGAAUCAAGGUUAAGAAAAUCCAUAAUGAUGAUGCAGAACAAGUUUCUCACAGAUUCACUGACAUUUUAACCCAAUAUUCAUCAUCACUUGAACCUUAUAUCGUUGAUACACAUAGUGCAUUGAUAUUCCAAUAUUUUAAAUUGUUGUUGCAAUAUUUCCAAAACAAACCUUCACUUGACACCUCCUUGAACCAACUUUCAUUGAUGAUGUUUCUCAAGUUCAAUAUGCACCACAAUGCAACCUUCAUUGAAGUUGUAAAUUACCUUAUUGUCAGCUAUGAACUUUACCACCACCAUAUGAAAUUGUACGAAAUGUAUCAAUACGAUCCUAUCGAGUCGCUGAAAAUAGUUGCGCAAUGUGUAACCCCACCUGACAGUGAAAUUUUGAGCUAUUAUGGAGUUGAAAAUCUGGCCAAGUGCAUCAAUUACGUGGCGUUGCCGCUACAGUUGGAGUUGUGUAAGCAAUUGAUUACCGAUCUUUAUAUCUGUUGCAAAUUGAAGCCAGAUGGGUGA